AUGGCGAUGACGAUGACUGGCCGUGUGCUGCUGGUGUGUGCCCUCUGCGUGCUGUGGUGCGGUGCUGGCGGUGGUGGAUGUUCUGAACCAACUCAAGUUCCUCAAGACAUUACGUCUGGUAACGGCAAUAAUCAUCAGAGUGUUAACAAUUCCACAGGUGGCGCUGGAGAAGUUGGCCUAAGCGGUAAAUCGGCAGAGUCACAAGCAGCAGGACUAUCGGUAACAGAAUUACCCGGAGCUGGGGCGGCAACGAAUUUACCAGGAGCGCAAACAUCACCAACGGCAGGGGCGGGAAAAAAUAGCGAAGAAACGGGACAAGAGAAAGAAGAGGAGGAUGAAAAGCAACAAGAAAAGGAGAAAAGGAAAGAAGAUGAGAUUGAGGUUGCCAAGAGAGAAGAGGAAGCAGAGGAGGACGAUGAAGAAGAUAAGGAUGACGACGUGAUAGACGAGGAGGAAGAUGAAGAGCAGAAAAAGAAGAAAGAUGAUGCCGGCGCCACAAAGGGGAUAUCAGCAGGCAGUCAAGAGCAGCCGAUUUUAUCUUCUGGUGCGGCGGGAGCAUCGAAUAUAACAAAUCCCAACAGCACCCAAACAACUGGAGACGAUGAUCCAGCAGCUGAUGGUGCAGGGGCAGCAGAGGGAAAACAAAAUGAAAAUAAAGAUGCCAAUCCGAAGGAAACACCAUUCGAAGCCACAGCCAGGAAAAAUACAACGUCGACGACUGGCGACAGUGACGGCAGCACCGCGGUCUCCCACACCACCUCCCCUCUUUUGCUUCUUCUUGUUGUUGCGUGUGCGGCUGCUGCUGCGGUGGUGGCCGCGUGA